GCUUUCUUCUUUCAUUCUCCCCUCCCUCUCAUUUUUGUUUGCGACACAGGGAUCCUGGAUCUUCAUCUUCUAAGCAGAGAUCCUGCUAGCGAUGACUGAUCUCCUUUCCUGCUGCCGAGCGGGGUCUUUGCUGCGGUCAUCUUCCAGGCUUCCCCGCAGUUGCUGGACCUCAGCGACAGUGGCCAGUGACCAGACAGUCAUUUCACAUCGCCGGCAGCGCAGCACCAACACAGCAGAGGCAUUCAAACAGAGUAGAGCAAAGAAUUAUUUUCCAUCGACCUACCCCCCGCCGUUAAUAUCCCAGGAGUCCAGGCUCGAUCCUCCCUCCCAUGAACAAGUUCCUUCACAGAGAAUAUCGGCACUGAAAUCGGCGAAGCCCUUUUCUGAUUUUCUGACGGAUACUUUCAACCGCCAGCAUGACUACCUCAGAAUCAGUCUCACGGAGCGCUGCAAUCUGCGGUGUCUGUAUUGCAUGCCCGAGGAAGGGGUACCUCUCUCGCCACCCGAUUAUCUUUUGACAACUCCAGAGAUCGUUUAUCUGUCGUCUCUAUUUGUAUCGCAAGGUGUAACGAAGAUUCGCUUAACGGGCGGGGAGCCGACCGUCCGCAAAGACAUUCUACCACUCAUGCAGAGAAUUGGCGAUCUCCGACGCCGGGGACUUCGAGAACUAUGUUUGACAACUAAUGGGAUUUCUCUCUAUCGCAAACUCGACGCUAUGGCUGAAGCUGGUUUGACGGGAAUAAACUUGAGUCUGGAUACUCUUGAUCCAUUCCAGUACCAGAUCAUGACGAGGAGGAAAGGAUUUGACGCUGUAAUGAAAAGCAUUGACAGGAUACUUGAAAUGAACAAGUUAGGAGCUGGAAUCAAGUUGAAGGUCAACUGCGUCGUGAUGCGCGGGUUGAAUGACCGGGAGAUCAUCUCGUUUGUGGAACUGGGACGCGAGAAGCCGAUCGAGGUACGCUUCAUCGAGUACAUGCCUUUUGACGGAAACAAGUGGAGUCAGGGCAAGAUGCUUUCAUAUCGGGAGAUGCUGGCUGUCAUCCGUGAAAAGUAUCCAACUUUGGAGAAGAUUACAGACCGUAAAAACGACACAAGCAAGACAUAUCAGGUUCCCGGUUUUGAGGGUCGCGUCGGCUUUAUAACUAGCAUGACCCAUAACUUCUGCGGCACAUGCAAUCGGUUGCGCAUCACAUCGGAUGGAAAUCUGAAGGUCUGCCUAUUUGGCAAUUCCGAGGUGUCUUUGCGUGAUAUUAUCCGGAAGGCGAAUUCAGGCCAGCCAAUCGACGACACCGCGAUGCAGGAUCUACGAUUACUGGAGUCCGUGGAGACGGCAUCUCGGAUGAACGAUGAGGGACUCCCGGUCGGGGAGCACGAACAGGAAAUCCUUGAUGUCAUUGGGCUUGCUGUGAAGCGUAAGAAGGCGAAACACGCUGGCAUGGGAGAAUUGGAGAAUAUGAAGAAUCGGCCGAUGAUUCUUAUUGGUGGGUGAGAGUGUUGCUUGUCUUCUGUCCUUUAUAUCUUUCCAGGGAAUUGAUUUUGCAUAUAUAUGACAUGUUGGUAACGAUUCCGGAUCUUUCAUGAAUUCAUGAUAGGCAACCGAUGAACAUUAAUACAGCACCAUUUGGACCAGAGCAUUAUCCUCCUAGUCAAACUUCAAUUCCUCGAAGAUUCCCAAAGAGCGCAUGGUUACGAAUCUCAACGCACAUUCUCCAUGCCGCUUCAACGGGUGCAUCUCCUGGGCCUCAGAUACGUUACUACCACAACGGACACGGCGAGAGGAAGUCUUCCAGCCCCGAAACUGAACUUAAAAUGUCCGAUGAGAAGGAAGACAACGCAAGCCCAUCAGAUAUUUCCCUUCCAACUACCUCGGAUCAUGAACUUCCACAUCUCACGCCCUCCAAGAAAGUCCAUAUGACGCAAAUAACCGCGAAACCAGUCACGGAAAGACUCGCAACCGCAACUUGUCUCGUGUACUUCUCCAAUCCUAAACCAUGGCAAGUCCUCCGCCAGGGUCAAGGAAUACACAGUCACAAAGGUGACGUCUUCAGCGUCGCCCGAAUCGCGGGCAUCAUGGCGGCAAAGAAAACCCCAGACAUAGUCCCACUCUGUCACCCUGGUAUCGGGAUUACAGGAGUCGAGGUUGACGUGAAUCUUCUUGAUCCCGCAAAGGAUGAGUACUUCCAUGGAGCUAUGAGGGUAGUGGCGACUGUGAGCUGUCUUGGUCGCACGGGAGUUGAAAUGGAAGCCAUGACGGCUACUGUGAGUGCAGCGCUGACGGUCUACGACAUGCUCAAGGCUGUGGAUAAGGGAAUGGUGAUUGGGGAUGUGCGGCUGUUGGAAAAGAAGGGCGGCAAGAGUGGACAUUGGAUUCGCGAGAGGGAGGUCAGUAGAGGAGAUGGUAGGUAGCCGCAUGGUAUACUCCGUAUUGAACAGGAACUCUCACGGACUUUUGGACGAUAUCACCUUUUGUGCGAAGUACGAACUACAUGAACACAACGG